AUGAACACCUCUACCCUACCUAGUAUGCUGAUGCAGGGAUUGUUCAUUGUAAUGGAGGAGAAGUGUGAUCUUUCCAAAGAAGAUGUUAUGCGGUACAGCCGCCAGUUACUCAUCCCGGAUUUUGGGCCCUCCAAACAAUUAAAGCUAAGGGACGCUAGAGUCCUUGUUGUUGGUUGUGGUGGGUUGGGAUGCCCGGUGGGCAUCUAUUUGGCCUCUUGUGGUGUUGGCCACAUUACUCUAGUUGACGACGAUAUUGUCGAAGUAGCUAAUCUCCACCGUCAGGUUAUGCACACUGAAGCUAAUGUCGGUCGCCCCAAAGUCGAGUCUCUGUGUGAAAGUAUGAAAAGAGGUUACGGCUAUUUAUGCCGAAGGGUAUCGAACUCACGAUCUUGGAUUUCGCUGACAAGCAUAUAUCAUCUAGUGGAUCUCUUAAAUAAAUUGACAGAAACCAUAUAUUAUUGGCCUUUUUUUCGAGUCUCAUUCUCCCCAUUUUGGCUUUGUUUUAGCCACGACCUGGUUCUGGACUGUACAGACAACGUGGCUACUCGGUACCUCCUGAAUGAUGCGUGUGCCGCUUGCGGUCCCAUUCCUCUAGUUAGCGGAAGCGCACUGCGUUACGAAGGUCAAAUGACUGUCUAUUUGACAGCUCAUUUCCAAAGAGGAUUCAGCAAUGAAGCCAAACGUCAGAAAAUGAUUGAAGAGGAGAGAAUUCCCUGUUUUCGUUGUCUGAAUCCCUCUCCACCGCCUGCUGUGCAGUCAUGUUCUGAUGCUGGAGUUCUUGGUGUUGUUCCAGGUAUCAUCGGUGUUCAUCAAGCCUCUGAAGCAAUUAAAAUUUUGUCCGGAAUCGGGGACUCCAUAGCCGGUAAUUUGUUUAUCUUUGAUCUGGAGAGAAAUGUCACUAAAAAGGUUGCCUUACGCAAGUCCCGACCCGAUUGUCCCACAUGCAAUCCAACAAAUCGAAUUACUCGAGAGAAGGUAAAGACAACAAAUUACGUUUACUUCUGUGGAGCGCCAUCCAACGAUAAACCUCGCUCUGCGAACAAGCAGUUGCACAGCACUCGGCUACCAGUUCAAGAGUUGAAAGCCCUUAGAGACUCCAAUGUACCGCAUCUUCUUAUUGAUAUUCGGUCGCCGGUGGAGGUAGAAAUCUGUCGACUUAACAAAUGCCUGUAUAUACCCUUAAAGGAACUCUAUAGAGAAUCUAAUCUGGAAUUGGUGAGGGACAAAAUUAAAUCCACUUACACGAAAGACACUGAAGCACCAUAUCAGGUUGUUCUACUGUGUCGACGAGGAAAUACCUCCAAUGCUAAUGUGUGCCAAUACGAAGAGGCUCUUAAGAGAAUUUUAAAAACUACUGACUCGAGUACUGAUUUACUUGCUGUGGAAAAUGGAGACGGGGGUACUGAAAUACCCAUAAUAGUGAAAGAUGUAGCCGGUGGACUGCAAGCGUGGAGUGAAAUGGAUGACAACUUCCCUAUCUACUAA